AUGUAUAUAGAAUUGACUUGGCUGGCUGUUGCCUCCACGGCAGUUGCAACUAUCGUCCCUCUGCCUGAGCCAACACAAUGGUUCGCGAAUGACCAGGGACUCUUGAAUCUUCCUCCAAUGCCCCUCUCGGCAUUGGCAGGAGCUAUCCUCCCUCUCAUCUUCCCCCACACAAACCAUCCAGAGCCAACAGACAAUCCAGAGCCGACAGACAAUCCAGAGCCAACAGACAAUCUAGAGCCAACAGACAAUCCAGAGCCAACAAGCAAUCCAGAGCCAACAACCCAGCCUGCACAACCACCUCCUCCCACCAGCACCACUGCCUCAACAUCUUCAACAUCUAGCAAGCCGACCAAUUAUCCGGGCACAAAUGGCGGGCAAAGCAGCACUCCACCCAUCGACACCAGCUCAUCCGCAUCCGCCUCAAUCACCCAAACCAGCAGCAUCAGCAUCACCAGCGGCAAUUUCUGCGCGAAUCCCACGCCGAGCCAAGCCCCAGCAAAAUACUGGCUGGAGGAGCAAGACCACACAGGCGCCGGUCGCGGCUUCGCGCCAUUCAUCCAAGGGAACUCCGUAUACCCUAUCUACCGCAACGUCCUCGAUUAUGGCGUCAGAAACGACGGGAGCGGGAACCAGACAUCAGCGAUACAAAACGCGCUGAAUGCGGAUGGCCAAGGAGGGUCGCGGGAGGGAAAGGGGGUUACGUAUAUGCCCGCCGAGGUGUAUUUGCCAGGAGGCGUGUAUACUCUUGGUGGCACGCUGGAUUUGCGGCUAGGCACGGUGAUUGUGGGAGAUCCGUUGAACAGGCCGGUUAUCAAGGCAAGCCCGGACUUUGUGGGCACGACUCUCAUUAAUGGCCAGGAUCCGGCAGCGGGACACCCAGAGACGACGUUCAUGAUUGCCAUGCGAAAUGUUAUCCUGGAUACUACGGCUUGUGAUCCAUCGUUUGCGUUUACCGCGUUGCAGUGGGGGAUUGCACAGGGGGGUGCGUUGACGGAUGUUCAGAUUAAUAUGCCGCAGGGGUCCGUUGGGCAUAUUGGGAUACAUAUUAAUGGCGGGUCAACGAUUGCAGUGACAGACGUGACCAUCAAUGGCGGCGGCAUUGGUAUUCAAAACUCAAACCAGCAAGUCAAUUUCAAGAACAUCGCAUUCAACGGCUGUCGUACCGGCUUUGCAGCCACCGGUGGCUUUACAGUUAUUCUACAAGCAGCCAUAUUCGACUCUUGCGGCUUGGGUGUUGACAUGACCAAGAACGCACUUGGGUCGAUGGUCAUUCUUGACUCUGUAUCAACAAACACCGGCACUGUGGUACAGUUCCACGACUCCUCAAACGACUCGGGGAAGCGUAAUAGCCAGCUGCUCAUCGAGAAUCUGACUAGUGACUGGCAGCAUCCUAUCGCCGUGACUACAAAUGGCACAACCGUGCUCGGUGCACAAUCCCAUAUCGACACAUGGAACUUUGGCAAUCAGAUCCCUGGGAUUUACCGACCUGGCGAUUAUAUAGCCACCACACGCCCCAGCGUUCUUUUGGAUAGUAGCGGAAAGUACUUCAUCCGCAAGCAGCCUAGCUACGCAAACUCCCCAGCCAGCCAAAUCGUCAAUGUCAAGACUGUACCUGGCUAUCGAGUCGAAGGCGACGGCAAGACAGACGACUCAGCUAGCCUGAACGCCAUCCUCAAAGACAACGCUGCCAAUUGUCGAAUCACCUACUUCCCAUACGGUGUCUACAUCCUCAAAGACACCCUGCUCAUCCCCCCCGGCAGUCGUAUCGUUGGCGAGACCUGGUCUGUCCUCUCCGGCGCAGGCACCGCAUUCUCCGACUCCUCCAACCCUCGCCCAGUCAUCAAAGUCGGAAACCCAGGCGACACGGGCAUUGCCGAGAUCCAGAACAUGCGCUUUGCCGUCGCCGAGCCUUUGCCCGGUGCCAUCAUCGUCGAAAUUAAUAUGGCCGGCACCUCACCCGGCGCCGUAGGGCUCUGGAACAGCCUGACCACGGUCGGCGGCACCGCUGACACCACUAUCUCCAGCACCUGCACAAACCAAGAUGCCCGCAACUGCAUGGCCGCCUUCAUGCUCAUGCACCUCUCCCCUUCUUCCUCCGCCUACAUCGAGAACCACUGGGGCUGGACAGCCGACCACAAUCUUGACGGCGGGCCCUCGCCCAUCAUUGUCUCUACCGGCCGUGGUAUCCUCUCCGAGUCAACCUUACCCACCUGGCUCGUCGGCACAAGCUUCGAGCACAACUGGCUAUACCAAUACAACUUCCACAACACCCAAACCCUGUACGCGGGCAUGAUGCAAAGCGAGACACCAUACAUGCAAGGCCUGAAUGCCAUCGAAACCGCUGCAGACCCCUGGACCAUAUCCACCUCCUACCACGACCCAGAUUUCUCCUGGUGCGCUCAAAACGACCAACUCUGUCGAUCUGCGCUCGCAGCAAAUGUCGAUGGCGGUGCAAAUAUCAUGCUGUAUGGCUCCGCAGCAUGGGCGUUUUUUGAAGGCCCGUGGAAUGGCAUGUAUAAUACGCCGUGUACCAAUGGCGUGUGUCAGAGUACUAUGAUGCGCGUGAGUAAUGCGCCGCAAAAUCUGGUUUGGUAUUCGAUCAGCACCAAGUCGUCGGAUGUCAUCAUUCUUGAUGGGAUAAAUAAUCCCAGGGAGUAUAAUAAUCCGGGUGGUUGGUCGGGGGUUGUGCAGGCGUAUCGGCAGUUCAGUUCAUAG